GUUCUUUAGCUGGUACCUCAUAGCACGCAGCAGUCCAUCGUCUUUUCAGUCAGUACUGCUUAAUAAGCAUUGUCAGGUGCACUUUGUAAAAAAAAACAGACAAAGGCUUCGCUACCCUCAAGCCCUCAAUUCCUAUAUCCAUUCACCACCCAGCAUCAAGAUCUGAGUCACUAUUUCGUCAUGCCACUAAGAUAAUUGAACUAAUCUCUCCUUAAAUCAAGUAAAGUUUUAGUAAAACAGUGAAGAUUUGCUGACGAGUAAAGUUACUUAAAUUGUGCAAAGUUAUUUAACUCUCAAGUUAAAAUAUUUUCAAAAAAAAGACACGGCAAAAUUAUGGAACGUUUUUUACUUUAUAGAAAAGUGCAGAGUAAUAAUAAUUUUAGAACAAGAAAAACGGCGUUAAGAAGAUACAGUGUUCUCAUUUUGUUUGGGAUUAUUAUUGCACAAGUCAUCUCUCCAACCUUGGGAGAGGAUCAUGACGAUGAGACGAAUAGCAGCAGCAGAAAUAAUAAUAGCAUUAGUGGAAAAUUUUUUGAGUAUAUGAACAAUCUAAGAUCCGCUUCAACCCCAAAGUCGGAAUCAAUCUCUUCUCCGCCCACGAACUCGACUUCGUCCACAUUUCGAAAAAUUUUCAUCGAUUCCUCCUGGCACGAAACAUAUCAAAAGUUUAUCGACCAAGUCAAAAAAGUUAGAGGGAUGCUUGUCCCCAGUUUAUCUAAUGGGACAGAGGCGUCACAAACGACGACCUUGUCAGAAUAUCAACCGUCCUUAAUUUAUAAUUCUACCGAGACCGUUCCUGGCCUAAGUUCGAAUAGAAGUGGUCGAAUUAACGGUCCUGCGUCGUGGAGUUGGCCUUGGAUGACCAAUACCCCGAUUUCGACGCCAACCUCAAGUUCGACCCUGCGGUCAAGGACGAACGCGUUUAACCGAAUAUUUUUCGGACCUUUUGAGCGGGAUAAUGGUGGCAUUCCUGUCGACCCGUAUGCAUCCUAUUAUCCAGCCCCCUCACCCCCAGCCCCACCAGGCCCUGGGUCAAAUAUGUUUGGUCUCGGGAGAGGAGCACCGUCCGACAAUCAUUACAACUAUGUGUACAAGUACAACCCUAAAACCCAGUCAGCCACGGAUUUAGAGCAGCACACGACGACAACAAUCUACAUCAUUUGCAUCUGUCUUAUCAUCAUGUUGGUGGGGACGAUAUUGUUCGCCUUCGUGUCGAAAUGUCAAGAAAAUGCGGGACGUACUGCAGCAGCGAGUAGUAAUCCUACCGGACGAAGAAGGAGACGACGCAGCACCACAACGACAAAUAACAACAAUAAUAAUAAUACUUCACCGAAUUCAAGAAAUCGUCCCGAAAUUAGUAUAAUUAUGCCGGGUGAUGGUGACGAGAACGGAGCUCCACCCGCUUAUCCGAAGGUCAUAUUUGACCCACCACCCUCCUACGAUAGUUUAUUUCCUGUAAAAGAAUAGUAUGUAAGAAACAAUGCAAUAACGCUAGUUAAGAUUUACAUAGUUCAAAUAGUUCUCGUUUUGAUUCUCGCAGUAUUAUUUUCUCACAAUUAUUCAGACUGCUAAUUUACUGUGAUGGAUGAUUUACUUGCAUAAUAUACUAAUAGUUGCUUAUUAAUUUGAAAAAUAUGUAAGAAUGAUCCGUUACAGCAGCAAUAGUACAAAAGACAGUCAGUAGAUUGUUGUUUAAUUCAGUUAUUAUUAUAUUUUGUAUUAUUCGUCAGAAGAAAAAAAAAACAAUGUAAACCGUUUGUUUAAUACAUAAAGCUUCCUCCUUGAUUGGUCUUUAUUCCGAUUGUUGAAGGAUAUAAAGUUAUUGUUGAGACAUAUUGAUUUCAUGAUCAGUUCCAUUUUUUUACGAAUUUUACCCAUGUUCAUGAAAUUGUUUACUUAAGUAUGAUAUAAUAUUUAGUCGACAGUUGAUGAUCUGCCCGAAGGUCGUUGGGAGCUCUUUAUAUAAAUCUAAAUAAAUAGUAAGAAAAACUUUCGGGCCUUGAUUGCACGUCCGAAGGUUUAUUCUUUUUUUUUACUGUUUGUGGUUAAACCACGAGUCAGACGAGUGUUUGCCAUUUGCUCUAAAGUGCAAGUUGAAUUAGACAAAUAUGUAAUUUAGUCAAGGACUCGCGAAAUAAAUGUGUUGAAGAGAUCAUCUAAACCAACUGAAAAAAUAAACGUCACAUUUUUCAUUUAUAUUCAACAUAA